CGAGAUGCCAAUGUACAAGGGCGAGUUCCAGCGGGCUGCCAAGCGCCGUCCCAUUCGGGAGGUGCUUCCCAUCCCUUCCCUGCGGCGGCCGCCCGCCGGCCACCAUGGCGGUGACGGUUCUGGUUCCGCCGCGUUCGCGGCGGGGCCGCCGCCGUUGCCUCCGGAGGAGCGACAGUUCUUUCGGUGGAGAGGUGGAGAGUCUUUUGCCUUGGAGCACUUGAAGAAGUACAUGGAG